AUUGUUGUUGCGAUUGUCAAAGGACAUGGAAGAUGAAGAUCCGCCGGGUCCGCUCAUAUGUCGGCCAUCGUUGGUGGGUGCUAGUCCUUGUACUUGCCCUUGUCCAUGUUCUUGCUGGUGAUGAGCGUGGGGGUGAGGAUGAGGAUGAUGGUGUGGAUGUUGAUGCUGAUGCAUUUGGUGAUGCAGAUGGUGGUGAUGGUCCGAAGAUGAUGUGCCAGAAUUGGGCGUGGGCUGGUUAGAGUUUGGUGAAGG